CAACUGACUGCACUACGCCCUCGCUCAUGACUCUCGCCGCAACGACCAUGAGAACAUACCGUGAAUACGACCGCCGGUAGCACGCAUUCAACUCAAACCAAGGAUAAUUCCAGAAGACGCUGCCAAAAUGGAGGCACCGCGCACCUCGGCCAAGCAGCAGGUCGUGGACCGCAUCCCCGCGCGCAUCAAGCAUAUCCAGUUCGGCAUAUACUCCAACCAAGACAUCGUCAACCAGGCCGUCCUCGAAGUCUCCGACCGCAAUGUCUACGACCUCGCCCCCGCCGCCGACAACACGCGCAGCCUCACCGCAAACGGGCCCAUGGACAUCCACAUGGGCAUAUCGAGCAAGAAGGGAGCAUGUGGAACCUGCGGCGAAGGCCUGGACAAGUGCAAUGGUCACUUUGGACACAUCAAGCUGGCCCUGCCUGCAUUCCAUGUGGGAUACUUGAAGCACAUUAUUGAGGUGCUGAACUGCAUAUGCAAGGACUGCUCGCGCGUGCUGCUGGACGAGGUGGAGCGACGCAGGUAUCUGCGGAGUAUGCGCCGCCCAGACAUGGACACGCUGCGACGGAGUGCCGUCUCCAAGAAGAUUGUUGAAGAUUGUCGCAAGAAGAAACUGUGCCCUUACUGCAACGCCCUCCAGGGCACAGUGCGGAAAGUGCCCGGCCAUCCACUCAAGAUCAUCCACAAUCGAUACGAUGCCUUCAACCGCUCUACUGCCAAGACCAAGAAGCCGCCAGCGGGCAAGGUCGAGUUCGACCAGUCGUUCGAGACUGCAAAAGCUGCCAAUCCAGACUUGGACAAGCACUUGAAGAAGGCAGUUGACGACAUGCACCCUCUAAGGGCGCUGAACCUUUUCAAGAAGAUAUCCCCAGAAGACUGCGAGUUGCUAGCCAUGAUACCAGAGGAUGCGCGGCCGGAGAUGCUGAUUUGGGAGUAUAUGCCGGUACCGCCUGUGGCGCUGCGACCGUCAGUCAUGCAAGAAGGCGGAGCGACCGAGGACGACGUGACGAACAAGAUCGGAGACAUUUGCCAAAUUAGCAGCAUUAUUCGCGCUGGCCUGGCCCGUGGCUUUCCCCUUCAGAUUCUGAUGGAGCAAUGGGACUUUUUGCAGCUGCAGAUUGCCAUGUACAUCAACAGCGACGCGCCCGGUCUUAAGCAGCAGGGUCUCCAAAAGACUAUGCGCGGUUUUUCUCAGAGGCUGAAAGGCAAGGGCGGUCGUUUCCGUCAGAAUCUGUCUGGCAAGCGUGUCGAUUUCUCCGGGCGAACUGUCAUCGGUCCAGAUCCAAACUUGAGCAUUGACGAAGUAGCCGUGCCAGAGCGAAUAGCCAAGACCCUUACAUACCCAGAAAAAGCAACGAGAUACAACAUCGAGAAGCUGAGGAAGCUCAUCCGAAAUGGUGCUAACAAGUACCCUGGGGCAAACUAUAUCCUAACCGACGAUGGCCCAAACAAGGAUCGGGGAAAGAUAUCGCUUAUCGCUCUUUCGCGCCAUGAUAGGCGCGGCGAACGACUGGAAAAGCCCGCAAAGAUGCUAAAGGUUGGUGAUAUUGUCGAACGCCACAUCGAAGAUGGCGAUAUCGUCCUGUUCAAUCGACAGCCAUCCCUACACAAGCUCAGUAUCCUCAGCCAUCGAGCCAAGAUUCGCCCCUGGAGAACAUUUCGAUUGAACGAGUGUGUGUGCAACCCUUACAAUGCCGAUUUUGAUGGCGACGAGAUGAAUUUGCACGUUCCACAGACCGAAGAAGCACGUACCGAGGCCACCGAACUCAUGGGCGUAAAGUACAACCUAGCCACCCCGAAGAACGGAACCCCCAUCAUCGCUGCCAUCCAAGAUUUCAUUACUGCCGCAUAUCUUCUUAGCAACAAGAACAACUUCUUUGACCGGCGCAGUUUCUGCCAGAUCGUAAACUACAUGUUCAACGGUGACGGAGCAUACGAUCCCGACACAGGCGAGACGCUGCCCAUCGACAUACCACCACCAGUUGUGUGGAAGCCGGAAGCGCUCUGGACGGGGAAGCAGGUCUUCAAUCUUCUGAUGAGACCGAACAAGAAGUCCAGAGUGCUUGUCAACCUCGAAGCUGCCGGGAAGCAGUUCAAGAACACUCCCGGUCAAGCCCCUGAUCUGAACGAGAAUGAUGCCUACCUAGUCAUUCGAAACUCUGAGGUCAUGUGCGGCGUCAUGGACAAAUCGACGGUUGGUGAUGGUAAAAAGGACUCCAUUUUCUACGUCAUGAUGCGAGAUUUCGGCCCCGAUCAUGCGGUCCAAGGCAUGAACAGGCUAUCGCGGCUUUCCGCACGCUGGCUCACUAAUAAUGGAUUCUCCCUCGGUAUCAGUGAUGUCACUCCUGGUGACAAGCUCAACAAGAAAAAGCAGGACUUGGUAGAGGAAGCGUACGCAAAGUGCGACAAACUGAUCAAGGACUACAAGGAAGGAAAGCUGCAGCGAGACUCGGGUUGCGACGAAGAGCAGACCAUGGAGAACAGAAUCGGUGGUAUUCUGUCUGGUGUUCGUCAGGCGGCCGGUGAUAUCUGUUUCGAAGAGCUCAGCAGAUGGAACUCACCCUUGCUAAUGGCUAAGUGCGGUUCAAAGGGUUCGAAUAUCAACGUGUCGCAGAUGGUUGCAUCCGUUGGACAGCAGAUGAUUGGUGGCGCACGUGUUGCAGAUGGCUUCCAUCAUCGGACGCUGCCUCAUUUCCCGAAAGCUGCGCGUCAGCCAGCUUCAAAGGGAUUCGUCAGUAACAGCUUCUUCUCCGGUCUCACCCCCACAGAGUUCAUUUUUCACGCCAUGAGUGGUCGUGAAGGUCUAGUCGACACAGCUGUCAAGACUGCUGAAACUGGUUAUAUGAGUAGACGAUUGAUGAAGUCUUUGGAGGAUCUUUCCGCACAAUACGACGACACUGUGCGGAACUCGUCAGGAACCGUUGUCCAGUUUCAGUACGGCGAUGACAACUUAGACCCGGUGGACAUGGAGGGCAAAGCAAAACCUGUGCACUUUGACCGCACAUUCUCGCACGCCGUGACUUCAACUUGGGAUAAUACCGAGUCAAGUCUCAGUCCGGAAGAAGUCCGCAAACACACCGAGGCCAAAUUAAACACCGAGCGCAACAAGUACCCGCGAUACAAACUUGACGGAGUCACGAAGCUUGCUUAUCGCGACAACAGUGACGACGGGAUCGACCAGAAGGAGUCAAUGCGAGACUUCCUUGACACGGUGCAAGACUACAUCUUCAAGAAAGCCCAGAAGCUCGAGACAACACUCAUCUACCUGGGUGUCUCAAAACCCAAUAACAAGGACCAGUUGCCAGAAGAUGCAGAAAAGUACAGCCUUGCUGACGGAAUCGCUAAACUCUCUCAGAGCGCACUGGAUACAUUCAUCGACCUCUGUUUAACCAAAUACCACCGGUCACGAGUGCAGCCGGGACACGCCGUGGGUGCCAUUGGGGCCCAGUCCAUCGGUGAGCCCGGAACGCAGAUGACGCUCAAGACUUUCCAUUUUGCUGGUGUUGCUGGCAUGUCCAUCACACAGGGUGUACCUCGUAUCAAGGAAAUUAUCAACGCGUCCUCGACUAUAUCGACGCCCGUCAUCACUUGCGAGCUCUCUAACAAGGUCUCCGAAGCCUCGGCCCGAAUGGUCAAAGCACGCAUCGAGAAGACAUACCUCCGCGACAUCAUCUCAUACGUGGAAGAUGUCUGGCACCCCCAUGGCGCCUACAUCUCUAUGCGCGUCGACUGGGACACGGUUAACAACCUCUUCGUCGACGUGCAGCCGCACGAAAUCAUCCAUGCAAUCAACAAGCACAAGCCCCUCAAAUGGGGCAAAGCAGGCGCCAAUGUCCGCAUCACAUCGUCAAUGAUCCGUGUCGAAGUUCCCGAUCCGAACUCCGCCAAGAAACGCCCUGUCAAGACGACGAGGAAUCAUAAGGAGUUCUUCGAGCGUGUGCAGCAAGUCAAAGCGCUUAUUCCGGAUGUGGUAAUCAAGGGGUACGCCGACUGCACCCGCGCUAUCAUCAAGAAGGAAAGCAGUCCGAAUGCGAAGGGAGAGUACGAAUGCCAGUUGCUAGUCGAAGGCUACGGCUUCAAAGACUGCAUGACCACUCCCGGUAUUGAACCCUACAAGACUAAAUCCAAUCAUGUCAUGGAGGUUCGUACUGUCCUUGGUAUCGAAGCCGCAAGGGCUACUAUCGUCCGCGAAAUCGGGGAUGUCAUGGGAAACAUGGACAUUGAUCCGCGACACAUGCAGCUUCUUGCGGACGUGAUGACGUUCAAGGGAGAUGUCUACGGCAUCACCCGCUUCGGUCUACAAAAGACGCGCGAUUCCGUCUUGCAGUUGGCUAGUUUUGAGAAGACGCCUGAUCAUUUAUUUGAGGCGGCUGCGAGAGGCAAAACAGAUACCAUUGACGGUGUAUCGGAAUGCAUCAUCAUGGGCCAGUCGAUGAAGCUAGGCACGGGCGCGUUACAGGUCGUCAGGCCACUCUACCUAGGACGUGACGAUAAGGCAGAAAAGAAGCUAAUGUUCGAGGAGGGUUGGGAUGCACUUUAAGCACAGAGCAUGGAGUCUUUGCGCGUAAGUAGGCUGUGGGAAGGUAAUGGCCACACUAGGAGGGAGUUGGAGGUUGGGAGUAGCAUAUGCAUAGCCUUGGCGUUACCUGAUCUUUGCUAGCUGUAUAGGCACAGCGAUGGUCGGAUGAUUGAUUAUUUUUCAAGUAAAAGUCUUAUUUCCCUAGCUAGAGCUAUGAAACCACUCUACAUUGCAAUGCAUAUUACUGUAUUUUGCAAUGUACCUCCCG